AGAUUUAGUCAUAAAUACUUUCACUCGUCUUCUCUUGGCCAGUGAAAGAAGACGUCUUCAAGUUAAACACGAAAGCGACCCUUCUCCAGUCUCUAUCUCUGCCAUUUUUUUUAAACAUUUCUUUGGUAUUGUAUAGCUUUGGCUGCUGCUUCUUUUCCUCUCCACCUUUCACUUAUCUUCGGACACUUCGCCCCAAGUUUUCGGCUUUGCUUCUCUCUCUCCCUCUCUCUCUGAGCUCUGUUUGGUCUCUCAUCAUCAAUGGCGGCUGCUUUCAGGAGGUUGCUGAGGAGAGAAGAAAUCCCAUGCAGCGUGAACACCAUGAGGAAGCUCUUCUCCACCGUUGGAUCCCCUUCUUUUGCUCAGAGACUCCGAGAUCUUCCCAAGGAUUUCCCCUCCACCAACGCCAAGCGCGACGCCUCUCUGCUUAUCGGGAAGACUCCUCUUGUAUUCCUCAACAAAGUCACCGAAGGAUGUGGGGCUUAUAUUGCAGCCAAGCAAGAAAUGUUCCAGCCAACUUCCAGUGUCAAAGACAGACCAGCGUUAGCCAUGGUGGCUGAUGCAGAAGCGAAAAACUUGAUCACUCCUGGCAAGACAACUUUAAUCGAACCCACUUCCGGAAACAUGGGGAUAAGCAUGGCUUUCAUGGCGGCCAUGAAAGGGUACAGGAUGAUAUUGACCAUGCCCUCUUACACCAGCUUGGAGAGGAGGGUGACCAUGAGAGCCUUCGGGGCCGAGCUCAUCCUCACUGAUCCUACAAAAGGUAUGGGAGGAACCGUCAAGAAGGCGUAUGAGCUCUUGGAGAAUACACCCGAUUCCUACAUGUUACAGCAGUUCUCGAACCAGGCCAAUACUCAGUCACAUUUCGAGACGACUGGCCCUGAGAUAUGGGAAGACACCCUUGGAAAUGUCGACAUAUUCGUGAUGGGAAUCGGAAGCGGUGGCACUGUUACUGGUGUUGGGCAGUUCCUCAAAUCUAAAAACCCUAAUGUCGAGAUAUAUGGAGUGGAGCCUGCUGAAAGCAACAUAUUAAACGGUGGUAAACCCGGUCCGCACGCUAUCACAGGGAAUGGAGUUGGGUUUAAGCCGGACAUCUUGGACAUGGAUAUUUUGGAGAAGGUUCUUGAGGUUAGUAGUGAAGAUGCAGUAAAGAUGGCUAGAGAAUUGGCAGUGAAGGAAGGGCUCAUGGUGGGGAUAUCGUCGGGAGCCAACACAGUUGCGGCUCUGAGACUGGCGAAGAUGCCGGAGAACAGAGGCAAACUCAUAGUGACAUUGCAUGCGAGCUUUGGGGAGAGAUAUCUGUCAUCUGUGUUGUUCGAAGAGCUGAGGAAGGAGGCUGAGAAGAUGGAGCCUGUUCCCGUCGAUUGAUCUCUCAUACCAAAAAAAAAAAACUCAAUUUCUGUCUCUGCUCCAUAAAACAAAAAAGCCAAGUUUUAUUUUCCAUGUGUUGUUCUUAUUAUUGUGUUGUCUUUGUAGAAGCGUAUUAUCUUAAUUAAUAAUAUAUAUUGCGUAUUUAAUUUA